GCCCCCUAUUGUUGCUGCAACAAUCAUGUCUUAUGAUUGCACAAGCCUUGUCUUUGCUCCAUAUGGUGAAUAUUGGAGACAAGUGAGAAAAAUUUGUGUAUUGGAGCUCUUAAGCACCAAACGAGUUCAAUCUUUUCGAUCAAUAAGAGAAGAAGAAGUAUACAAUCUCAUCGAAUGGAUAGCUUCAAAAACAGGAUCACCUAUCAACCUUACUGAAAAAAUUAUCUCAACAACACUUUCCAUAACUUCAAAGGCAGUUUUUGGUAAGAAAAGUAAGGACCAAGACAAUUACAUUUCAAUAAUCAAGGAGACUGUGGAAGCGGCAGGAGGCUUCUGUAUUGAAGAUGUAUAUCCUUCCCUCAAAUGGCUUCACUCCAUCGGCGGGAUGAAGUCUAAACUUAAAAAGCUGCAACAAGAAGUAGACAGGAUACUUGGAAACAUCAUCAAUGAACAUAAAGUUGGCAAGCUAACAAAGAAUGACGGUGAAGCAUAUGAAGAUCUGAUUGAUGUUCAUUUGAAAUAUCAGGAACAAGGAAAUCCUGAAUUUUACUUGACAACCGACAACAUCAAAGCAGUUCUCCACGUUAGUGUCAUUUUCCUUUCAGCUUGUUUUUAA